CAGAUAAUUAGGAGGAAAUCAAAUGGAUAUUUUUUCAAGAACAAAUUAUCCAUAUACUAGUUCUUUGCAAACCAAUAAUACCUUGAAUAAAUACUAGAAAAGAUCAAUGAGCCAAAAUAAUAUUGCAGGUGAAGGGAAGGUGAAUUAUGAGGAAAAAAAAAUGAAAAUAUCUGGUAAUACCGAGGCAAUAUAUUGCAGGAGUCAAUGGCCAAAGCAAAUGGGUUUGAAGUUAUUGAUUCAAUUAUUGUUAAUUUCUUUUGGAGGGGUGACAUUAUUCCAAUCUUUAUACAUAAAGGGAAUCAAUUUGACUUCACCUGCAAUGGCAACAGCUAUGCCAAACCUUGCACCAGGACUCAUCUUUCUCAUAGCUUGGGCUUUUGGAUUAGAGAAGGUGGAGUUGAAGUGCAAAUACAGCAAAGUCAAAAUUGUAGGAACACUAUUGUGCAUAACAGGGGCAAUUCUAAUGAGCCUAAUGCAAAGUAGCUCAAAUGCUCACAUACCAGAAAAAGAGGCUCAGUUUUCUUUACCAUCUCCACCACAUGAUGGUGAUGCUGACAUAUUUAAUGAAGAAAAGAUCAGGGGUUCAAUCUAUCUCGUGGCAGCAAUCUUGGUGUUAUCAAGCAGUGUUGUUUUGCAGGCAACAACAUUGGGAGAUUUUCCAGCACCAAUCUCCUUAUCUGCUAUAACUUCCUUCAUAGGCAUGACAUUGACUGUAAUUGUUGAGUUGGUUCAAGAACAUUGCUUGGAGAUUGGAUUUCCCUUAAAUAUCCGCGACUUGAUUGGUUAUUCCUUACUGGCAGGAAUAGUAAGUGGAGCAUGCAUAAGCUUUAACAAUUGGGCAAUGAAGAAAAGAGGGCCAGUUUUGGUUUCUGAUUUUAGUCCCAUUGGAACUGUGUUAGCAGUUGUUCUCUCUACAAUCACCUUAAGGGACUCAAUCACUCUUGGAAGCCUUGCUGGUAUGUUUUUGAUGUUCAUCGGUCUGUAUUUCGUGCUAUGGGCUAAAGGGAAAGAAGGGUAUUUGAUCAGUUCUUCUUCAAAUUCCUCAGAAAGUGAUGAAUAUGAUGUGGAGAAACCUCUUCUAAGUUAAAACUAUUCUUAUUGUUUCUUUCCUCUUGUUCAUUGUUUUGUAUAUACAUAUAGAAAAAUAUAAAGUAGACAGCCUAUUUUUAGUUAGUUUACAUAUAUAUAUGAUAUGUAUAUGCACUCUUGUUGAAGCUUAAGAGACUUCAAAGGAAUGCAAAGAGAAGAAAGGUUUAUUGAUAUAAGAGAAGGAACUAGGUUAUUCACAGUCUAGUGAUGUCUUUUAUUUGCAGUACACAUGAUAUUUUUCUUUGGAUGUUCGAGUUGAAGAUUAA